AUGUUUCAAACUCUGGUAGUUUUCGUUGUGGUAACCAACAUUUGGGCCACCGACUACAACUUGGUAAUUGAGGAUCCGUACAUCUACACUCCAUGCAAGGACGGGCCACCAGGUUCGACUUUCAUCCAUGACGUCUUUAACCUAGAUAAUAUGGUUUUCGAUCUGGACGAAGAUGGCAUCCAUGUUUCGGGAAAUGGCACCGUUAAAUGGGAUUUCCCUCCCACCUAUCGAAUUUCCUCAAGUUUCAGUGUGAUGAAGUUUAACCGAGGUUUUUGGGAACCGACAAUUUAUAACAUGCUCACUGCCGACUUCUGUCGCGUGAUGUUUGACGAGAAACAAUACUAUUCCAAGUACUGGUGGAAACAUGUGCGUAACCGCAAGGAGAUUGAAGAAAAAUGCCUAAAAGUUAAAGAUACCGUUAUAGUGUUUAAUCCAUUCAUUAUGAAACUACAACUGAACAAUAUUCCGCAAAUAAGGGCAUGUCUGGCCAGUGGCCAUCAGCUGCAAGGCGGCGGCGACAACAGCAAUCGCAGCAGCAACUGCAACAGCAGCAGCAACAGCAAAAGCAACCAGGACAUGUUUGCCAUGCAUGCAGCAAUGCGGCAGCUCUUGGCCUUCAAUUAA